CUUACAGCAUAAUAUCUCAAGAGUUGUGAAAGGUUGAAAAUCUCUCUCUCUCUCUCUCUCUCUCUCUCUCUCUAUCUCUCUCUCUCACGCGCAUAGAGAGAGAGUGACGCAAUGGGAACUCAAGCUCCUCCGGAAGAUGCAUACCACUCGAGUAUAGAACAAAAGCUAGCGAGGCAGAAAGAGAUCGAUGAUUGGCUGCCGAUAACUUCGUCGAGAAAUGCAAAAUGGUGGUACUCUGCAUUUCACAAUGUCACCGCCAUGGUUGGAGCUGGUGUCCUCGGCCUCCCCUACGCCAUGGCCCAGCUCGGAUGGGGACCAGGCGUGGCCGUACUGGUCCUGUCAUGGGUGAUAACACUGUACACGCUGUGGCAAAUGGUGGAAAUGCACGAGAUGGUCCCUGGGAGGAGGUUCGACCGUUACCACGAGCUCGGCCAGUAUGCGUUCGGAGAGAAGCUCGGUCUGUACAUAGUCGUGCCUCAGCAGCUCAUCGUGGAGGUUGGCGUAUGCGUUGUGUAUAUGGUCACUGGCGGGAAAUCUCUGAAGAAGUUCCACGAUUUGGUCUGCGACGAUUGCAAGCCCAUCAAACUCACUUACUUCAUCAUGAUCUUCGCCUCUGUCCAUUUCGUUCUUUCCCAUCUCCCCAACUUCAACUCCAUCGCCGGUGUCUCCCUUGCUGCCGCAGUUAUGUCUCUCAGCUACUCGACAAUAGCAUGGGCAGCUUCGGCAGCAAAGGGAGUUCAAGAAGACGUUCAGUACGGAUACAAAGCCAAGACAGCGGCCGGAACGGUGUUCAACUUCUUCAGCGCGUUGGGAGACGUAGCGUUUGCGUAUGCAGGCCACAACGUGGUUCUUGAGAUCCAGGCAACGAUCCCUUCGACGCCCGAGAAGCCCUCCAAGGGACCCAUGUGGAGAGGUGUCGUAGUUGCUUACAUCGUUGUCGCUUUGUGUUAUUUCCCGGUGGCAUUGGUCGGUUACUGGAUGUUCGGAAACGCUGUCGAGGACAAUAUCUUGAUAUCGUUGAAAAAGCCGGCUUGGAUAAUCGCUAUGGCUAAUAUAUUUGUGGUCAUCCAUGUCAUUGGAAGCUACCAGAUAUAUGCCAUGCCGGUUUUCGACAUGAUGGAGACGCUACUGGUCAAGAGGCUGCAUUUCAGGCCAAGCCGAACACUGCGGUUCGUCGUGCGUAAUUUCUACGUUGCUGCAACAAUGUUUGUCGGUAUGACAUUCCCGUUCUUCGGCGGCCUUCUCGCGUUCUUCGGCGGAUUUGCGUUUGCCCCGACAACAUACUUCCUUCCUUGCGUAAUGUGGCUUGCAAUCUACAAACCGAGGAAGUACAGCUUGUCAUGGUGGACCAACUGGAUAUGCAUCGUGCUUGGAGUAAUGUUGAUGGUGGUAUCACCGAUCGGAGGGCUAAGGACGAUCAUUCUCCAGGCCAAGCACUACAAGUUCUACUCGUAAGUUGUCUGCUAAAACCAUGCAAAGAGACCACAAGGAUCUGAUCAUCUAAUUCCAUGACCUUUCUGGUCUGAAAACUUUUGUGAUUUUAGGUUUGUGUAUGUCAGAGACUGUGUUUCUGCCAGUCAAAUCUUUCUUCUGCUUCUUUCUUUGUUUGGUUUUCUGGGUAUUUCUUAUAUAUGUUUCUCUACUGAGAUUUACAUUAGCCAUUGUACACAUCUCAACGAAUAUACAAGAAUCAUUCAAAAUAGUUUUUUUUU